UCGUAUUUAGGUCUACAAUGUCUGCUUAACCAGUGUGGUUUGUUGACAAAAUGACGUUUCUAUUGCAACCUAUAAUAUCCGACCUCACGUGAAGGCAGCUUGAUCGAGGACAUGCUUUGAAGUUCGUCAGAGUGACAGGUUCGAGUCCCCUGCUGAGAAUCCGUCAGGUGGUGGAGUCACACUGCUGCUAGAUAAACACGAGGCCAAACACACCACAAUACCGGUGUUUUAGCUACAGCUUACUUUAGUAUUUAAUUGUCCGCGUUUGUUUUAAGUGAAUAAAUGUGAGACAGAAACAGACAAGGUUUAAAGCUACAGUGAACGCUUUCUUUGACUGAGUUUGCUAGGUAAACGCAUCAGAAGCGCACGUGGGGCAGAUGCUGCCAGUCCCGUCAGUGUGAAGCAGAGCUGAGUGUAGUUCGAGACAGAAACACAGGAAGGAGUGAGAAACGGAUGUGUGACAAUGACCCACGCUGUAAGCGCUGCUACACACGGUCGGUUUGAUCUGCUCGCCUUUAACUCGAUAUUUUAGCGACUCAUGAGAACCCCCAACUAGCUGUUUGGAUUAUUCUGCGCUUUCUCUGGAGUGUGACUUUAUCUACAGUGAGUGGAGAAGUUUGAGACAACAUGGGGACUCAGGGCGCAGGACGGAAAAGGUCCACCAAGAAGGACAAGUCGACGGCGGAGGACGAUGCCCUGAACCUCAUAGCGAGAGAGGCCGAGGCCAGGCUGGCAGCGAAGAGGGCGGCCCGGGCAGAGGCCAGAGAGAUCCGCAUGAAGGAGCUGGAGAGACAACAGAAAGAGGAGGACAGUGAGAGAUGCUCACGUUCUUCACGGAUACACACGCUGUCUGACGACGAUGAGCGGAUGUCAGUGGGGAGCCGGAGCAGUGUCAGGUCGGAUCUUGAUUCAGUUGGGGCUUAUGGUGGAGGGGACUCCUCCUCACUAACGAAGUCAAAGAAAAAGAAGAAACAUAAGCACAAAGACAGAGACAGGAACGGGCCUGAUGAUGAUCACAGUCUCCUGUCCAGCAGGAGCUCCAGACUGAGUGAUGAGAGCAGAGUGUCCCGCUCCUCCAGGCUGGACCUCACGAGCUCCAGACUGAGUGAUGACCCCCGGGGGUCUCGGGGCUCCAGAUUAGACCUGCAGCCGACUUCUUACUCUUCCUCUGACCUGUACAGCUACAAUGGUCUGUCCUCUGCCAGAAACCCCGGCUCCACUUACAAUGGUUACCAGCCUGUAGAGUACAGUAGUUGUCGCAGCUCCGGCUCCAGGGUCUCCUCCAGGGCCGGGUCAGCCCGCACCAGCCCAGUGGACCACUGCGGCUCUGUGGCCAGUUAUCUGAGGAGUGCAGCGGGCGGCAGCGGCCUCCCCCGAGACCUGGAUGAUGUCACUAUUCCUGACCUUUCUGAUGUGCGUGGCUUUGCCCCCGCAGGAGGCCGCCGCCGUGAUGUGGAGGACAGAGAUUAUCUUGAGAAGGGAUCUCGAGCAGCUUCCGCCCUGACAGCAGCCACCCUCACCUCGUUAGGCGGGACUUCCUCUCGCAGAGGAAGUGGUGAGACGGCUAUAACUGUAGAUGCAGAGACGUCUAUACGGGAAAUUAAGGAUGCAUUAGUAGGAGUGGAGGAGAAGUACCGUAAGGCCAUGGUGUCCAACGCUCAGCUGGACAAUGAGAAGAACAACUUGAUGUACCAGGUGGACACGCUGAAGGACUCGCUCAUGGAGCUGGAGGAGCUGCUGUCUGAGUCCCGCCGCGGCUUCGAGGACAAAGUCAAGGAAUGUGAGCGAGAGAAACAUGCCCACACUGUGCUCCAGUUCCAGUUCAAUGAAAUGAAAGAGACGCUAAAACAAAGUGAAGAGCUGCUCAAUGACAUCCGUCAGCUGCAUAUCAAACAGGAAGGUUUGAAUAGAGAAAUAUGUGACCUGCAGGAGACAGUGGAGUGGAAGGAUAAAAAGAUUGGGGCCUUAGAGCGACAGAAAGAAUACACAGAUGCAAUCCGGAUGGAGCGGGAUGAGCUCAGAGAGGAGGUGGUGAACCUGAAAGACAUUCUGAAGAAACAUGGUAUAGUAUUGGGACCUGAUCUAAGCAUCAAUGGAGAAGUUGGUGAGACAGAAGCUGACGGGACCCCCGGUGCAGACCCUGCUUCCCCCCUGGCUCAGGAUCUUCAGACCCCCCUGACAGAGGGGAACAGCAUGCUCGGCAACACAGAGGAGACACUGUUGAGAAGUAGCGAGGAGGAAGAGGUGGAUCCAGAGCAGCAACAAGAACAUUUUGAGGAAGCCAAAGAGAAUCUCUUUAGCUCUGAAGCACUCUGUAAUGUUUCUGGUGUGUGCACUACGGAAGCAUCUGAGGAGGAACAGCCAACACGAGGACAACAGAAUGCCACAGAAGAAGAUGGUGUUGAAGAACCUGGCCUUAGGAAGGACUUGAAUGUUGACAUGAAUGACCAGUCGGUCACAGAGUCCAAAGAUAUAAUCAUUUGUAGCCCUGAACUUCAGGGCAUUGUCACAAGUUCUGAGGAAAGUGUCACAGAAACAGUAAUGCCUGAGGGCAAAGAGUUAGGAUGGACCAAUAACCUAGAUUCAGGGGAGACAGGAAGCCAAAUCAAUAGUGUAGACACACAAAGUGAUGACAUUAGAGAGGAAGAUCAUCUGAGAAACACAGAAUCAUGUCCUGAGCAAGAGGUUGGGACAGAGAGCUUACCUGAGAAGUCCGUACCAGCUGAGUCAAAGACAGAAGCUCAACCAGAGCCUGAGAACUCUGAAGAGGCAGAGCACAUGGAAACUGAGGAAAUAUCAGGUAACGCUCAGCCUCAGGGCGCUGCUGCUGCUCCAGGGAAAAAGAAGAAGAGGAAGAGGAAAGGUAAAAAGAAAGGGGGGACGCAAGAAGAUGGGAACCAACAAAGGGAUGGAGCAAAUAAAGAAAAGGGCAAAACAGAGGUGAAAAUUGAAUUGGCUACAAAAGAUAAUGAGCUAACGGCAGAACCUGAAAUUCUUAGUUCUGUCGCUGAAGCCCUCGAAGAACCAGGGAUGCAUCAAGUAAAGAAUGUGCAGGACAGGCACACAGUAGAAGAAGUGGAACCUAUUGAAACCCUUUCUCCCAAUGACUCUCAAAGAGAUUCAAGAAGGGAUCAUGUUACAGAUGAGCGUGACAAGGAACACACUUUAGAAAUGGAGAAGGUAGAAGAAGCAGAAGCAACUACUGAAACAUGUUCUCACGUCACAACCCCUGCAGAAGUGAGGCUGGAUCAUGUUAAAGAUGAACAGAACAAGGAACAGUGCUUGGAAACCGUAAAAGCAGCAGAGGCAGUGGCACCCGCUGAAACCUUUUCUCACCUUGAAACUCUCAAGGAAUCCAGAACAGAUCCCAUCUCCAAGGACGAGCAGGAACAACCUUUAGAAACACAGAGAGUAGAAGAAGUGGGAUCUGUCCCAGAGACCAACCUCAGUACUGAGAGCCCCGAUGAUCUUAACAAAGAGUGCACUUCCUGCCUAGAUGCCUCUAAAAGUGACAUCUCAACUAAUGACAGUGUCAUCCAGGCCGAGUCAGAAAUGAUUAAUAGUGCGGAGAAUAGGGUUAGGCCUAUUGACGAGAUGAAAUCAGAAUGCACACCUAAUAUCCCAGAAAACACGUUUGAAAGCAUCGUCAAGGAAAACGCAGAAGCUGGAUCGCAGAAUCCAAUCAAUGGUGACAUGGCUGCUGAGGAAUCUAAACCCACAAGCAAAGCUGAGAGUAAUGAUAAAACAUCUGUGUCCCCAUCUUCUACCAAUGGCUUUACUGACUCUCUCAGGAGCUCGUCUGGCUUCGAGCUGUCUGCAGGCGUGAACUCGGCCAGCGUGGACAAGGUCUCUGAUGGAGGUCCAGGAGACGUUAUUGAGACAAGCAAAGAUGAUGAGGAUCCAGGAAUACAGACUGAACAAGACAAACCACAAGCAUCUCCCAGUGUCCUGUUUCCCAGUAAUGAUGAGGCAGAGCUAACAGCAGACACAACAGAGAAGGAGGAGCUGAACAGAGGCUUGAGCGAAUCUGAAGGUUUAGUCCAAACAGACCUAUUACAUGACCAAAAGAAAGAAAGUCUAAACAGUCCAUCAUUUGUAACAAACAUGGAUGUAAUCAACACUGUUCAGAGUCUGUUGGAGACUGUAGUGCAAGCAGAACAGCUGGAUGAUGUAGAAAUCCAGACAGCACAGUGUGAGGUUCACGUUGACAAAUCCAAUGCUGACCUGACCCCUGAAUCAGAGAUCCAUACCACUGAGACAGUAAAUGCACCAGAUUUUCCAAAAGAAGCUCCUGAACAUGGGUCGACUAUGGAGCAGGAUCACAGAUCUGAAGAAUUCACCAUGGCAGAAGAUCCAGAACAUAAUAACAAUCCAAAUGAUCAGCAAAGCGAGACACAGCAACUGCAUGAACCCAUGGAAGACAUUCCAUCUCAGCUAACACUGCAGGUGUGCGAUGAAGAGGACGGCGAAGGUCAUUCUUUUGAUUUUGAUGACAUGGAUUUGGAGCCGGCUGAAGGUGAAAGUCUCCCUAGGAAUCCCCAACCGGAAGAAGUGGAGGAGGGAGUUGAAGUUGUUCCAGAUGAAGUCGGCAGCUCAGGCGUCCAGACUCCGCCACAAAACUGUUCAGCUCAGGAGGAUGGCGCUUUGGAAAAGGGGGAAUAUUUGUUGGAAAAGGGGGAAUAUUUGUUGGAAAAGGGGGAAUAUUUGUUGGAAAAGGAGGAAGUAGGUGUAGCAAACGAGCCCAGGGGCAUUGCAGAGGAAGCAAAGGUUCAGAGUGUUGGAGAGGUGGGGGGUGUUGCAGAGGACGUUCACCGGGCGGUGUCCCUGCCUGUAGAGGAAGGGUUAGAAGCCAUUGAGCAGGUCCAGGGGGAACAUGAGGAUUUACCAAAGAGUUCAGAACAAGUGGGCAGCAAUACAGAGCCCCAGCAGGCAGGGAAGGAUGUGAGGAAGAACAGCAAGAAAGGCAAAGGCAAGGGCAAAGAGGAGUGCAAGAUGUCUUAGCUUAUAGAUGGUAUGUAUUAUGAAAAUGUACCAUGGAUCUGCCCUAUAGUAGUCUCUGCUUAGCUGUUUACAAAGUGGUCAAGUACAUGUUUGCAGAACAUUACAGCAUUUUGUCUCUUUUCCAAACAAAUAUUGUAAGUUUUAUUUUUAAUUAAACAGACCAACGUUUUCUUUGAGGUCAUGUGUGCAAAAGAAAGUGUGUGGAGAGGUGAGACUGUAAACUGCUUUGUAACCGUAGAUCUACUGUCGGUAAAUACUGCACUUGAUACAUCAGGUAACAUUAUUUAGUUAUUAACAGUUAUCAUGCUGCUUGUUAUGUGUAAUGGUUAAUGUUGCUGUGCCCCUGUAUCACACAUCACUUCAUCCGGUACUGUUCCAGAAACUCAAGCAUGUCUUCAUUCCAUAGGUGAACAAUAAAAACACAGAUGUUAGCUGGUCAUUUUAGGAAAGUGUCUUAUGGAUGGUCACACUUUAACUGUGUCCCCCUGUUCUGUUCUUAGGGAUUAAUACAACUUGAAGACAGCUAUUUCCAUCUACAUGAAUGAACAAUGUAUCAUAAAUAUGUUUGCAAUGUGUUGCACUAAAUGGAGAAGAUGAAUGCCCUUACUGAUAUGCCAAUAAAUACCCUGCUGUUACCAAUUUAAAA